CCUUUGAUUUCAAUAGUCAUACUGGGACCGCUACGUUGCGACUCAGCUCCUGAGCUUCAUACCGCAGCGCGUCUGUCCCUACCAUGUCGCCGCACAACAAAGGAUGGCUCUACCCACCCACUCGUCGCGAAGUCACCCUCGUCCUAUUCUCUCUAACCGUCUUCAUCUUAUCAUUCAACUUGCAAGCUUCACUGCAACUCGUAGGCGUGAAACCAGCCAAGCUCAGUGGAUCAUAUCUCUCCGCUAUUGGACUGGGAGCCCAGGACCCUGGCUAUGACCGCAACGGUCGGAGGCCGAAAGAAUGGCGGGACGCGCUGGAAAACAUGAUAUCCGGCGAGUGGGAGUGGGAAGAGGGCAAGGUGGCAGCGGUGGCGAGCACGACAGCUGCAGGGCCUGUCGGGACUGCGGCUAUCUACAACGCUGAGGCAGGCAAGGGUCCUGGCCGUGGUGCCGGUAACGCGCACGGAGGGAUAGGCGUAUCGAACGGUGUCAGUCCACGCCAGCAGUUGGUGAGAUGGGAGAAUGAGGUACCAAUUGCCAGAGCUGUCACACAUGUUCCGGGCUUCUCGAUAUUGGACAACGUAAUCAUGGCAAAUGGGACGUUCUACCUCGUCACGGAUGACCCGUCUUCAUUGCCAGCGCUGGAAUACAUCGCUUCUUCAUCUACUAACAGUGAACGCCCUCCACGCGAGAACGAAUGGGAAAUCGUGAGCACAGCUGAUGCAAUCGGCAAGCUCGGUACUUUCGGCGGACGGGUGUUCGGUACCUCAUGGCUUGCACUAGACCACGCCGAGUCGCAAGAUCCAUAUACACUCUUCUCGAUGUUCCGCACACACAGUACCCUAGCUGCACCCACACUACCUCCCAGCUUCUCCUCGGACUCGUCUUCCCAAAGUCGGAACGGAUCAUUGGCGAACGUCCCUGCUCCACUCCGGUUGAUCUUUCCCAAUGUCCCGACAUUCUCCAGCCCCCAUAUCCCACUAGCCCCUGGCGUCGAUCCGAAGACACAUACAGAGCCCAGAAUCAAGUCAUAUAUCGGCUUCCAUCCGCUUCUGCAGAAAGCCGCCCUCCCGACCCUCGGCAUCUGGUAUACCGAAGACUGGGAAGACCUCAUCUCCAUGAACGCCCCCUGGAUAUUCGACCGCGUCAUCAUCGCCGACCGUGGCGCAGCCGAGCGCGGGCGAGACUUCUGGGGUCGCGGAUGGUCGCCCGCCGCUGACGAUCUCGUGAGGCGCGCCGGCGGCGACGACGGCAAGCCCGCGUGGGCGGCGCCCUUCGUCGGGCUCCGCAUGAAGGCCGGCUGGUGGGCGCCUGUGCGCAACGCGCUCCUGGGCUACCUGCACCUCCCGGAACUCCAGGAGGCGGCGUCGAGCAAGGUCUCGUUCUGGAGCAAGAAGCCGGCGGCGGGAAAGCCUGUCGUUACGUAUGUGUCUAUGCAAGACGAGCCGAUGGGCGCGGGCCCGAGGCUGAACAACGAUGACCAUGCUGCCCUUGUUGCUGGCCUACAGAGCUUGCAGAGGGAUGGCGUGGUGAGCGAGGUGCAUGUCGUCAAGGGCAAUGGGAGCGUUGGUGUGCAUGGGUGGGAAUGGGCAGACAGGAUGAGCGCGAUUGCUCGGUCGAGUAUCGUCUUGGGCCCGUACGGCUACCAGCUCGCUGACAGUCUCUUCAUGUCGCCUCCGGCGUGGCAAGGUCGUGAGAUCGCUUCAGUGUCCUCGACUGCUGCGGGAGAGCCAGAACAGUCUGCUGCGCCGUUGCUGAUGGAGUUCUUCCCACCCGGCACGUUCGUACGUGAUCAGGAGUUCGCAGUCCGUUCACUAGGGAUGAGGUACAUCGCCUGGUGGAACGACAGAAAAUUCACGAGCGAUGACCUUCCGCCCGUGUUCCAAGCCACCGGCCCGUCCCAAAGGAUACCCGUCAGCGCAAAUGCAGUAAUGCAAGUUAUCCGAGACGAGAUCGCGCGCCGGACUGUACCGUGAUCGUAGGCAUCGCUAGUUACACCACUCGCACGACGCAAAGUAUCUGUAGAGCUCACUUGAUACCAUGUGCAUCUAAUUUAUCCGAUUGACACUGGC